GACGCUUGUAGUGUUGCUGCUUCUUGGGCUCGUGUCGUGUGUGAUAAAAUAGCUCUGGAUUAUAGAAGAACUGUGGUAUAAAUGCCCUUUUUUUCAUUUCGCAAGUAACAGUCACAGAACACAUUAAAUAACGGUCGUAAAAACGUUUUUGAAACAAUCCGAUUGAACCUGCACGUUAAUAAUUCAAGUCUUCUAAGUUAGGUCAAAGACAUUAUGACAUUUUAAAAUUUGACCAAAGUCGUUUGCUUUGGUUACGCGUUUGGCCGCGCGUCUGUUUAAAGAAGGAAAUGCAAUGUUAGGAGACAUGAUCCUGAGGGCUUUCAGACUGUCAGUGAGAGUGUCUGCAGUGUUUCAGAGCGGCUGUCAGUGUCCAGCCCUCUAUUCCUGCAGAACACUGCACUCCAGCCCUGCGCUCUGGGCAGGACACAACAAAUGGUCCAAAGUAAAGGACAUUAAAAUCCCCAAAGAUGCUGCUCGAGCCCGGAUGAUUACCAAGUACACCAUGAUGAUCAGGAUUGCAGUAAGAGAGGGAGGACCUAAUCCAGAAUUUAAUAUUGCUUUGGCACAACUUCUAGAGCAGUGUCGGAACAGGAAUCUACCCAAAGCCACCAUAGAAGGAGCUAUAAAAGGAAAGCCAGGAGUACAGCAUGUCUACGAGGCCACGGGACCGGGCGGGUGCAAGCUGCUCGUUGAGGUUUUUACUGACAACAACACACGGUCCCAUCAAGAAAUCAAACGUAUCUUGAACAAACAUGGUGGGGCGCUGUGUGAAGGAGCGCGCAAGAACUUUGACAGGAAAGGUGUUGUGGUGGCAUCCAGGGACGGGAUCUUCUCUGAGAAAGCUCUGGAGCUGGCCAUUGAGGCAGGAGCUGAAGAUGUGCAGGAGACGGAGGACGAGGAGGAGCAACCUGUACUGCAGUUUAUCUGUGCCGCUGCGUCUAUGAAGACUGUGAAAGACACUCUAGAAAGUCUGGGGGUACACACGCUUUCAUCCAGUCUGGAGUUUGUCUCUCACACCCCGUCUCUCCUGACUCAGACUCAGCUAGAGAACGCGUCCACCCUGGUGGAGGCUCUCAGUGACUGCCCUUACGUGGUCCGGGUGUGGGAUAACAUCCAUGCACAGACCUAGAGAUCACGAUAAGUCAACCGACACAUGGAAGAACUCACAGAUGGAUGAUCUAAGAGCAACUGAAUGAAAUGGACCCGUUUGGCCAAAAUUUAUUGGACUUCACUUGGAUUUUUUUGUGUGAUGGUAAAUAAAUAAAUAUAUAUCUUUUAUCAUGGCAAUAAAGAAAAUAAUCAUA